AUGCCCACCGUUUCAGUUCCACAUGCGGCCUUUCCUUUCCAACUCAGCAACAAGCCUAUCUCGAAUCGUCUCACUCGAGGCUCGCCAGCGACCAACACGGCAAACCCCGCUCCUGUCCUCGAAUCACCUGCCUUGUCAGAGGUCCCCAAGCACACUGGGCGACAGUUACAUCCGUCCGUGUCCCCCGAGAUCUUCUCCCCCUCCUGUGUUGCCCAAUCGACCUUCAAAUGGCCUCUUGCCCCUGGAAACGAUCCGGUCAAACCAGAGACCCUUAUGCUGACUUCCGUCCAAUCUAGUCUGUGGGCUGUUCAUACGAACCAACAAAUCUUGACCUCGCCCCAAAGGGAUCCCAACAUUCUGAUCUUCAGACAGGCAGACCAUCACCAGCAGGCCAACCACUCCAUCCUCACAAUGAAACCACCCUCCAUCCUCGGCCCUCUUCUCCUCCCCCUAGCCUUCGCAGCCCCAUCCCCCGCCUGGAAAUGCACCUCCGUCUCCCCGCCGGGACCGGGCCCAGGCCACCUUUCCAUCCUCGCCAUCCACAGCACCUUCACCCGCCUCUACGGGCCCGACCCCCUCACUCUAGGUCCCGAACAGGCCCGCGUCGCGAUCUGCGGCGGUCUCCUCUUCGGCCUCUGGAACGGCCACCCACACGCCGUCACCGAAAAGGCUGGGCGGAGAGAGACGCUCGUCUUCUGGGACCCAAAGCCGGAGGGGACCCAGUGCCUCGGCCACGCUGAUGACACCGACGCGGCGCUCGACGACGACCUGAGGCUGACAUACAUGUUCGGCGUCGGCGAGGAUUCGUGGGUCAGCGGGGGUUUAACCGAGGUCAGGCGCUGCGAUGACGAGGGUUGA